CCAAACACCAAGUGGCAGUGAACCAGAGGGACUCUACCACUUCUUAGCAGGCAAAACCCAGGUAAAGUCCUCACUCUGGACACAUCAGUAACCACGUGUAAUAACACAGAUGCAAUGGAGUUAGAAGGUGCGGCAGCAGUUGAAGACACAGUGGAGGAGCAGUGGAUCGGGAGGAUGUCAGAGCAGCAGAGUGCCCCGGAGCAGCUGGCAGCAGGCAAGAGCCAGGGUGGAGCUGGAGCCACAUACAAGGUGGUAGUGUUUGAGUUCGAGAACUUCCAGGGUUGCAAGGCGGAGUUUACCGCAGAGUGUAAAGAUGUGUUGGAGAAGGGACUGGAUAAAGUCGGAUCUGUGAUAGUGGAGUCUGGACCCUGGGCGGGUUAUGACCGGCACGGUUUCACAGGGGAGCAGUUUAUUCUGGAGAAGGGGGAAUAUCCACGCUGGGACACCUGGACCAACAGUCAGAACAGCUACUCUCUCUUGUCUCUCAAACCUCUCAAAGUGGACAGUGCUGACCACAAGCUACACCUGUUUGAAAACCCUGGAUUCACUGGUAAGAAGAUGGAGAUUGUGGAUGAUGAUGUGCCCUCUUUGUGGGGUCACGGUUUUCAGGAUCGUGUAGCGAGUAUCAAGGCUCUAAACGGAACGUGGGUGGGCUACAUGUACCCCGGAUACAGGGGGCGCCAGUUUAUCUUCGAGCGAGGAGAUUUCAAGCACUGGAACGACUGGGAGGCCCCUGCUCCUCAGAUCCAGUCUAUCCGGCGUGUGCGGGACAUGCAGUGGCACAAGAGGGGCUGCUUCACAGUCCCCGACCCUGCUCCAGCUCCCAACCCUGGCCCAGGACCAGGACCAGGACCAGACCCUGACCCUGCACCAGCACCUCCUGCCCCUCCUGCCACAGCUGGAGCCAGUUGAGCAGGAUCCUCCCACAGUACACCCCCCCCCCCCCCCCCAAAGUACCUGCCCUCUCUGCAUUCACCUAACCACGGCAAACGCUGCGUGUGCUCAGUGAGGAGUGCCAUGUUUGUUUCAGUGGCGAAUAAAAGUUGUUUGACCUGGAGUUGGCCCUGUUUGUUGGUGAUGUUAUACUUGUGAGUCAAGGUGGAAAUUGCUUUCACUGAAAGAUUAAAGAGAGAUGUAAAACCUGCAUUUUUGUGGAAAUAAUGUACAUUUGGCAAAGCUUUCCCCUUAAGAUAAACUGCAAGCGUGUUUAGAUUUGACUCUACUGCCAGGUCAUGUGUGCUGCUUCAACUGCUUUUGUUUCCCCAUCUUAGUCAGAAAGCCAAAAUGCCUCAUGCAGCUUUAGGAGAACAUGAGUUAUUUAUUGAAAAUGUGGAUAAGCAUCUGCUCAACAGCAAUGGAAGUGAUGUCAUACUGUAUGAAUGCUUGCUAUUAAAGAGUGCCCUGCAUUCCC